CUGUAAGUCCCACCCAGCGUGGGCGGGGCCUGGAGCCGAUGGGCAGGCAUCUCGGCCUAUUGCAACGGCGAGCCCGACUGGCCUAGAUAACCGUCCAACCAGAGGCUGCUCUUCCCAGGAUCAGCGCGCGCUCUGCAAGCAGCAGCCCCACCCCUGCGAAGAGUUUGGGGGGAAUGAGGGAGGGAUGGGCUAGCGCCUGGACCGAGAAGGACUUGCAGUCGAGGGACAGCGAGUAGCUUGGGAGUGUGGGGGAUGCGCUCUGUCUGGGACAGGGUCUCCUCAGCCAGCUUCUGCCUCCCACAAGGCGGUAUGCCCUCUGUCUCUUGAUCUUCUCGUUCUGCACACCUCCAAAUCUCUACACGUCCAGGUCGGGAAAUAGACAAAACGUCAAGGUAGGCAUUUGAACCAGAGGCUGUGUCAGAAGUGUCAGAGCUGCUGCGGAACUAGCGAAUGGGAAUUGCAUCCUAGUGGUGGAGUCUCGGCUACACCAAGACCAUCCCACCCUGACGCGCUGUUCGCUCAUGGGCUCAAGGUGCAGCCCAAACACUUGGCCGCUAUCCCUUCUACACACAAUAAGUACUCAACACGUCGCCUCAAUUAUUUGUAGGUACAACUAGCCAUUUUAGAGUGUGGGUAAGGACCAUGAACUUCAGAGAUGCUGGUGUGCACGGCUUCCUGUGGCUGCUGGCACGGCUGUCUGGACAUCUUCCUUAGAGCAGUGGAGAGCUAUGGAAGGUGUGUGAAGAGGAGUCCAGAUCUGAGCUACAGGAAGAAAAUUCCCCCAGGCCAGCCUGAAGGAUUAAACUAACCAGAGCAAAUUCACAACGCACGAGUUUUUGAGAUUACGAAGAGCUGGAGCUCAAGGACAUCCGGGCUGCGCGCCAAGAGAAGUCUUGACUGCGGGCGCCAAGAAGCUGCCAGCCCGCUCAGUGCCAGCUGCCUGUCUUCAAUGAGGGCGGGUGAAAAGGCCAGCAGCCUGUUCUCCGGACUGCUGCCAGAGUCGUCACCACAACUCUGGGGCGCCCUCUACCAGUGGACGAGGCGAAGAACUACAACUCCCAGAAGGUCAGGGGGACAGAAUGUCAUACGCACACGCAGGAGGCUACAUUCGUUCGCCCUCUCCUGGUCAUUUUGGAGAACUACAUGCCACUGAGGACAGACAUCCCUCACCCCCCCUCCAUCGUCACCUGCAGGUGUGGAACUACAGCUCCCGGAAUGCCCCGCGGCAACAAGAACUACAUUUCCCAGAAGGCAUUGUCAAGGAGCCCAGAGUGUAGGAACUGGCGUUGACCCGGACAACCGGACCAGUGACCCGCCGCUGGACAUGGCUUUCCUAGCCCGGUGCUUUGGGUGCCAGACCUGCAGACCGGUGGCCCUAUUGAGUGGCAGCUAUCUCCAGUCCAGAGUCUGGAUGGGGCUCCCGGACUCCUGGCCUCUCUCCCUGCAGCAGGCCCGCGGCCGCGCGCGCGGAAACGAGUAUCAGCCGAGCAACAUCAAGCGCAAGCACAAGCACGGCUGGGUCCGUCGGCUGAGCACACCUACCGGCGUGCAGGUCAUCCUCCGUCGCAUGCUGAAGGGCCGCAAGUCCCUGAGCCACUGAGGAGCGCGACAACGCCGCGGGGAAUAGACUCAGACGCCCGUAGAGUUGCCCGAGGGCGAGCAGAUGGGGCAAGCUGAAAGUGGGGAUCUGUCCCUUCGUAGGUUUUUAGACGCAUCCCCCGUCGACAGCUGCUUACCAACCACCAGCACCUGCGAUACCUCGUCCAUUUCUGUGAAUAUAUUUGAAGGCAUCUUUGCAAGACAGGGUCAUUAAAACACGGACACCACCCCUACGUUUCCAGCUAUUCCAAAGUAUUACCGACUUGAUAAUAAAUAUUCACGUUUCUUGUACCACUA